AUGAUCGAUAAGCCAAAUGUGCUAAUACGAGUUCACAAAGAUGGCACUAUUCUCUAUUCAGUCCGCAUAUCGCUAGUGCUCUCUUGUCCCAUGCACUUACAGUUUUAUCCUAUGGAUGUUCAACAGUGUUUCAUUGAUCUUGCCUCGUAUGCCUAUACUACCAAAGAUAUAGAUUACGUGUGGAAAGUUGAUGAACCGGUACAACUUAAACAAGGCUUAUCGUCAUCAUUACCGUCUUUUCAACUGAACAAUGUCUCUACAACUUACUGCACUAGUAUAACAAAUACGGGAACAUACUCAUGUCUACGA